AUGUUCCUGGCACGUGGCCAUCCUCAUAUAGUCACACUCCAUGACACGACUGAAGACAGAAAGGCUGUUCACCUAGUCAUGGAGCUGUGCAGAGGUGGCGACCUCUUCGAUAGAAUCACAAAGUUUGGGCCGUAUUCUGAACCCUCUGGCACCAAGCUCUGCCAAGCUCUCACCCAUGCAGUCCUACACUGCCAUUUGCACGGAAUAGUACACCGUGACAUAAAGCCCGAAAACAUCCUCCUUAUGGAUGCAUCAGACGAUACAAAUAUCAAACUUGCAGACUUCGGAGCAGCGGCUUUUGUGUCUGAAGGGGAGAUGAUUACAGAUGUGGUGGGGACACCUGAGUACAUGGCACCUGAAAUGUGGGGAGCGGUUUUUGACGAUUCCAAUAAGCUGGUAUCUACACCCCGGAAAAAUGAAGUGAAAUAUGGAUCAGCAGUGGAUGUGUGGAGCAUGGGUGUGGUUAUGUACGUAGCAAUGAGUGGUGUGCCGCCUUUCUGGGCAACAGCAGAGCGAACUGUAGCUGAAGCGGUGCUUACACGGCCGGUGGUUUUUCGUCCCGCCAAGUGGGGAGGGGUGUCGGAAGAAUGCAAGGAGCUUAUAGCGAGGAUGCUGGAGAAGGAUUGGCGGAAGCGCAUCACUCCUGUCGAAAUCCUUGCAAUGAAGGGUCUGGAGACGAUUUAUGAAGGCGACGAGGGGGACGAGGCUCUCACGCAGGAACGAGACACGAAAAGAGGGUACGGACGAGAGGGGGAGGUUAAGAGAGGGGACGAACGAGAGGGUAUCGGAGGGGGAAGCAACGGGAGGUCGCAGAGUCAAGAGGCGGCGAGGGAUGGCGGCGAGGGAGGAGGAAAGAGGCGCUACUAUCGCGCCGCAGAAAGCGGCGGGAAUCGUGGGAGAGACGGGGACGGGAAGGCGGACGAGGAGGAGAGAGAGGAGGAGGAUGAUUACGAGGAGUAUAUCCCCGUUAAGAAACGACGCCUUAUGAAGCAGCAACGGCUGUUAGCCGCGCGAGCGGCCGCGCGCGGUAUAGCACUGGGCGCAAAGGGCGGCGGAACCGGGGGAAGCGGCGACGGGGAAGGAGCCGGCGGCGGGGAGGACGGCGCCGGAGCUGGGCCGGAGGCUCGGCCGAGCCUGUUGGUGAAGGCGACGAUGCUGAAGAAGGACGUGCCGGAGCUGAGCCACACGGAGCAGGUGCUGGCGGAGGAGAAGGAGAUGUUCGAACGCCUCAGCGACCGCAAGACGCUCAUGAGCGUGAAAGAGCUCGCCAAGGGCAUCCAGGUGCGUGGAGGGGGGGUUGAUACGGGCAUCCAGUACACCGAGCCUCUGUGGACGGGUUGGAAGCCGCCGAGCCACAUCCGAGGCAUGAGCGAGGAGGAGCGGGCGGAGAUCCGCAAGGCGUGGCACAUCCUGGUGGACGGCGAGGGCGUGCCGCCGCCCAUCAAGAGCUUCAAAGACAUGCGCCUGCCCGAGCCCUGCCUGCGCGUGCUCAAGAAGAAAGGCAUCCUGCGCCCCACGCCCAUCCAGGUGCAGGGCAUGCCAGCGGUGCUGGAGGGGAGGGACAUCAUCGGCAUUGCUUUCACUGGAUCAGGGAAAACACUCGUCUUUGCGCUGCCCAUGGUGCUCAAUGCCCUACAGGAGGAGGAGGUGCGAAUGCCCCUGGUGGCGGGGGAGGGCCCCACGGGAGUCAAUGCUUUGCAGGAGGAGGUGCGCAUGCCGCUGGUGGUGCGGGGGGGUGGGCCCACAGGGCUCAUCGCACUGCAGGAGGAGGUGCGAAUGCCGCUGGUGGCAGGGGAGGGCCCCACAGGGCUCAUCGUGUGCCCCUCCAGAGAGCUCGCCCGGCAGACGUACGAUGUGGUGAACGAGUUUGCUGAUGCUCUCAGGAACGACCGCAGAGAGCGGUGA